GUGAAACCCUAUCCAGCUUUAGCAGAGCCGGGAUUUCGCUAACAGCUGCGCGCAGAUUGCGCUGCCCGUUGAAAUUAAUCAGAGCUGGUCAGUUGUUCCCAGGCAGCAGCCGCGCAGGGGAGGCAGACAAAAAAAAACAAGCAACGCCCUUAGUCCCUUGCCACUCGGCUCCAGAGGCUGCCCAGAGAUGGAUGUGGCCGUGGAUCUGUACCUGGCGGUCCCGCUGCUGUUCACAGUCCUGGCUGUGAUCCUGGCUUCGGUCUUUGUGAAGCUGAGAGCGACGGAAGGGGACAAAGCUGCCGAGACAGCCAAGGGGGAAGGGUCCCAGGGCCAGGAGGCAACCGAGCAGGGGGAGGAGAGGAAGGAUGGCGAGGGGGAAGGGAAGGAGGGAGAAGCGCUGAAGGAGGAGGGGAUUCCGAGGGGGGAGAAGGACGAGGAAGGAGCGAAGGACGAGGGGAGAAGGAUCCCGGUGGAGGAGAUUGGGGUGGAAGAGGGGAAGGCGAAGAGAGCCGAGGAGAAUGAAGAGCAGCAGCCCAAGGAGGAGGCGGUGGCAGCGGCAGCCAGGACUGCAAAAGCAGACCAGCAGAGCCACCCUCAGGAGAUGAACAUCCCCCGCCAGGCUGCUGAGGUGGUGGAGGAAGAAGAGGAGGAGGAGGAGGACGAGGAGGACGAGAGCAAGGAGGAAGAUCAAGACUGGGAAAAAGAGAGACUGGUGGUGAAUGAACCAGAUCUGGACAAUGCAGCGGACGAGAAGAUCUCCUUUAAAUACAGCCCCGGAAAGCUGAGGGGGAACCAGUAUAAGACAAUGAUGACCAAAGAAGAACUCGAGGAGGAACAAAGGGUUCAGAGAGAGCAGCUGACUGCCAUCUUCAGGCUCAUGAAGGAAAACAGUGAGACAUUUGGAGAGAUGUCUGAAGGAGACAUGAAGGAGCAGCUUAAACUUUAUGACAUGUAGGCUCCCAGCCACUACAGUCUAUGGCCUGCCUGCUGCCUCAGCCCCUUAUCAUUCGACACUGGAGACUGUAGUGCUAUAAAACUGUCACUAAAUACAUAAUCAGUUUCAUAUUUUGGAUGGUUUGCAAAAAUGUAUAGGCCUCUUUGAAAUAUUUCAAAGACUUGUAAUUUCUAUCCCUUUUUACUGGUUUUCCUAAAGGAGCUAUUGCUGUAUUUUCAUCCCAUGCAGAGAUAUUUCAACUCUUUCUGGCCAGUUUGUAAGAGCCAGACCGUACCGCAUGGUGAAAGUUGUAACUGUAUUCUGACUAUGCUUUGUAAGUACGUAUUUCUUCACUCUGAUCCUCCAUCAUCUUGGUGUCUAAAGGAAUCCGAGUAAAGUAAGACCACAGCUGCUGCACACUCUAACAUGGAUAAAAUGGGAGUGUAAUGAGGAGUUCACUUGCCCUCGCAACAAAUCAGCCAGAGACCUCUUCUGAGUGCAAUCACCAGUGCUUUUUAUUUUCAGUGUCAGUUCCCACCACCUUCUGUUUAUAGUCUGCUCCAAACCAGCAACCUGAGGGACAGCUAGCUUCUCCAGCCAGCACGGAUGCAUGGGCCUCCCUCCCUCUUCACUUCCUGCCUGCCUGCCAGCCUUAUAAAGCCCCCUGGCUAAUGAGGCCUGCAGGUGCUUCUCUUCUAGCAAUUUGGCAUGGCCUACUCAGCCAGCCCCAAUGAAUGCUUCUUAAUUGGAGCUGGGCUAACAGGGGCCUGGCUCAGUACCUCCUAGCCAGCACCCUGUUACAGGGAGGUUACCCUUUUAGGGUAUAUCUGCACUGCAGCUGAGAGUGUGCUUCCCAGUGUGCAUAGACACACACACACUAGCUUGAGCCAUGGUGAUACUGGUAGCAGCUUGGGCUAGCCACACAAGUACAAUCAUGUUCAACCCCCUCUGUACAUACUCAGGCAGCUAGACUGAGCUACUGCCUAGGCCACCACAGCCACACUGCUAUUCUUGGUGCACUAGUUCAAGCAGAGCUAGUAUGUGUCUGUCUUCCUACGGUGGAAAAUAUGCUCCCAAAUGCAGCAUAUACACUUAGUCAGGAUCAUGCAUAUUGAUUAUUCAGACAGUAUGGGGCUGAUAUCAGAUGAUUCACCGAGUUUUUUGGCUGGAAACCAGUGAUUCUGAAGGAGGAUAAAGCUACCAGGCACAGUAUGCGAAUAACUUUUGUGAGUGCAUUUUUGCUGUCACCCAGACCAAGUAUCUCCUUAUGGGUAUAUACUGCAUCUAUAAUCACCAUUGAAACCUACGUGGAACAGAAUGUUCAGUCGAACUAUGUUUCAUGCAAAUAACUUUUCCAUUCCAGUUUGAGAAAUUUCAU